AUGGCGAGGCGAAAACCGGGGAGGGGAGGGGGGGAAAGGGGGAGAAGGGGGGUUGCCCGGGCCGCGCUCCCGCGGCAGCGUCGGGUCCCAGCGAAAUGCGCCCGCCCGGUCGCUGUCACUGCUCGUUCACCGGGGAGAGUCUCGGCUCCACCAUUCAACCCACGGGCAGCAGCAGCAGCAGCAGGAGGAGGAGGAAACAACAACUCGCAGCCGCCCGCCGCCAACGCCGCCGCCGUCGCCAGCCAGCGCGAGCGAUCCCCGCCGCUGCCUGGAGGGGGCGGCCAGGCAGGGCAGGAAGGGGGGAGCCGGACUCUCCUGACCCCGGCUACCGCCCCGCUGCCGCGGCGGCCCCCAGCGCUGUCCGGCGCUGGAGGGGAGAGAGGGGCGAGCGCUACGCGUUUAUUAGCGGGAAGGCGGGCGGGCUGUGGCAGAAGAUGUCGGCGGGGUGGGCGGGAAGGCGGCGGGCGGGCGGCUGAAAGGCGCUUUCUCUGCGCUGUGCCGGAGCGCGGAGGGAUACGACGCACGGGGAGGAGGAGGGGCUGCGGCGGCGGGGCCGCGGCGACUCGCGGCGGCGGCGCUGGAAGUUCCCGAGUUCCAGCGUCGCAAGAAUGGGAAGCGAGCGAAGCCAAAAUGCCCCCGGGGAGCGCGGCCCCGAUGGGGAGGCCCGGCACUUCCACACCCCCGGCCCGCGGCUCCCCCGUAGCCCAGCCCGCUCCCUCAGAGCCAGCCAGGGACCUCGGGGCGCUGCCAGGGGCUUUGGCAUCUGCGCGAGCGAUGGGCAAAAGGAGGAGUGUUGUCAACGCGAGGACGAGCGAUGGAUGGUGAUGCCUGCAACCUAUGGCUGAACUGGAGGUAAAUCACUAGCGGAUCGAUAACCUACCGAAGGUUCCUGAAAGGCUGCAACAUUGUACGGACCCCGGCUAACGGUUAAAUAAUUGUUUUAUUUCAUGUUUGCUACCUUGCUACCUUGAGGAUACUGAAUAAAACCUUCUGGUUUGUCCUGUAACUGUUUCUUUGCUGCUUACAGUCAAAAGAAAAUAAAAACAAAGCCGGUGUCCGCUGAUAAUCAGCUUUUUUUAAAAAAUCCAUAUCUGAUGAGGGAUUUAAAGGAGCAUGAUUCGUUGUCUUUAUGUUUUGCAACGUGUCUGUGCUUUUUCUUGUCGAGUUGGGGCCUUGCAAGAACGAAUGUAUUUGUGGACAAUAAAAAUUAAUAUAGCAGAGAUCAAUGUAAACAGGGCAAGUUAUAAUUUUAAAAUAUUUCUUUAGCCCCAGUUAUUAACUGAUGCAACUUGUGAAGCAAAGACAAAAGUAUAUUUGAAAUUGUACAGAAACUAGACAAAGAACUAUUUUUUUUCCUGUACAUAAAAUCCCCUGAAAUUCUCAACUAUCUAACUUUCAACAAAAUUAAAUUUGAACAACGUUUCUGUGCAGCUUAGGGUAACCAGCACUGAGCAUUUUUAUACGUGUUUCCAAGGCCUGCAAGCUCAGUGUACGAGCUCGAGCUUUGUGCUUGACAUGGUGAGAAAGCUUCGCUGCAAUCACCCUUCUGCUUUAUUAAAGAAAUGUUAUCCUGAAAGGUUAAAGAAAGGUGGCUAAAACAUCACUUAUUUCCAUUGUCUUAUUACAAAAGCUAUAAUUAUAUAGUGGAUGUCUAGAUGCUGUGCAUUUUUUAUAUACAAUUAUCACAUGUACUAAAAAAUCAUUAAAAUCCUAAUCUAGAAUUUGUUAUCAUUAAGGUAAAUUAUUUUGUAGGAUAAAUUCUUUUUUUAAUAAAAAGAAAAGCAAGACUGUAUGUACUAGAUUUGAUCACUGUAUCUGUAGCUAUGAUCACUAUAUAUUUAAAAAUGUACAUGUAUCUCCCUUUCCCCAGAUUUGUUAUAAUAACCACUCUGUUUCAGCUUCAUUUUAAAUCCACACUUCAAAUAAUCAAAAAGGAAAUGGAAUAAUAUUUAAUGUCUAAUAAAGAUUUUAAAAAUAAA